CCUGUUGUAGCCGAUGUUGAGGAUAAAUUGCGCCGGUUAAGAGCCUUGGAAGCAACAUCAUCUUCUCCAUCAAGUCUAUGUAAGAACUUGGCUACUCUAAAGGAGAUGUAUGAAUGUGCUGAUAACCUACUUCAGUUGCAAGCCACCCAGAAGGCUUUCUCAAAUGAAAGACGACAUGAAAUUAGUAGAUGAUAUGUUGGAUGGAUCUCUUAAGUUAUUGGACACAUGUAGCUCGUCCAAGGACGCUCUUUCUCAGAUCAAAGGUUGCGUUCGAGAUUUUGAAUCGUCCCUCCGCAGGAAGAUUCGUUGCAAAUCAAGCCUAGUGAAUGAGAUUAGGGAGUACUUCAUCUCAAGGAAACAAGUAAAUAAAAUUGUUUGCAACUGCUUUGGCAACAUGAAGAGGAUGCAAAAAAGUAACGCGACGCUCGUGGAGAGUGACAAUGACUUGGUGGCCUUGGCGAGCAUGCUCAACGAAGUUGAGGCUCAAGAACUUGAAGAGGGAUUAGAGUGUGGCUUUAGGUGUUUGAUUAAAACUAGAAUGUCCCUUCUCAACCUACUCAACCAUUAA